ACUCGGUGAGGAGCUCACAGCUCACGCGCACCUCCCGCUGCUGGAUUAUCAGGAAGCUCUCGCUGGACGCUUUCAUAUCGUUUCUCCCGAAGGAUCCAGUUGGAAGAACCGUCACUGAAAAACAUGCAUGUGUUUUGCUCUCGUCUUGUAGAAUAAGCAAAGCGAGACUAGAGAGUUUACUUUUAGUUUCUGUCUCGUCACGGUGCGCCUGCUGCUGCUGCUGCGCUUCUUCUGGACACUGCGACAGGUCAGCAGAGAGCCGCUGUCCUGCAACACAUCAGAUAUGCUGGACGGAAUCAAAAUUGAAGACCAGUUCAGAACAGCAGCAGAGUCUCUGGGAGUGAUGCUGGGCUCAGACUGCGUCCAUCAGAGCGUGUGUGAAGGAUGUCGCAGACCGAUCUCUGACCGCUUCCUCCUGCGAGUGAACGACAGCUCGUGGCACGAGGAGUGUCUGCAGUGCUCGGUGUGUCAGCAGCUUCUCAGCAUGAGCUGCUACUCCAGAGACCAGAAACUCUACUGCAAACACGACUACCAACAGUUGUUUGCAGCCAAAUGCAGUGGCUGUCUGGAGAAGAUCGCUCCCACUGAAUUUGUGAUGCGCGCACUAGAAAGUGUGUAUCAUCUAGGCUGCUUCUGCUGCUGUGUGUGCGAGCGACAGCUGUGUAAAGGAGACGAGUUUGUCCUGAAGGAAGGACAACUGCUGUGCAAGAACGACUAUGAGAAGGAGAAGGACUUACUGCACGCGGUCAGCCCGGACAUGUCUGACUCCGACAAAAGUGAGGAUGAAGAUCUGGACUUGAAGCCGGAGAAAGGAGCAGGAGGUCAGGGCAAAGGAGCCGAUGACAGCAAAGACCCACGCAGACCCAAGAGACCUCGCACCAUCCUCACCACCCUGCAGCGGCGUGCAUUCAAGGCCUCCUUUGAGGUGUCAUCCAAACCAUGCCGAAAGGUCAGAGAGACGUUGGCAGCUGAAACCGGUCUAAGUGUUAGAGUCGUUCAGGUGUGGUUUCAGAACCAAAGAGCAAAGAUGAAGAAAUUAGCACGCCGACAACAGCAACAACAAGAGCAGCAAAACCCUCAGAGACUCGGACAAGAUGUGAUCUCAAGCCGAAUGGAGAAUCUGAUGAACUCUUAUACGCCACUGGCUCCACCUCCACAACAUCAAUUAGUCUCCAUGGAGACCAACGGAUACAGCACAGACCCGUUCCAGCAUGGUCUGACCCCUCCGCAGAUGCCCGGAGAUCACAUGAAUCCGAGAGACUCGGACAAGGUACUAAACACACACAAAUGCGACAGAGCCAACAUAUAUGUGAUCUCAAGCCGAAUGGAGAAUCUGAUGAACUCUUAUACGCCACUGGCUCCACCUCCACAACAUCAAUUAGUCUCCAUGGAGACCAACGGAUACAGCACAGACCCAUUCCAGCAUGGAAACGACUCGAUUUUCCAUGACAUUGACAGCGACACGUCUCUGACCAGUCUGAGCGACUGCUUCAUGGCUGCGUCAGAAGCCGGAUCCCUUCAGACCCGCGUGGGAAACCCCAUCGACCGCCUCUAUUCCAUGCAGAGCUCCUACUUCGCCUCCUGA